AUGAUUGAAUCACCUGACAAGUUAGACAUCAAUCCUGGGAAUAUCAUGUUGACUGUAAAUGAUGACGCUAUCUUGGAGAACUUCGAGAGAGCUGAAGCAGAGGACCCGUCACCAUCCAAAGUGAUUGACGACACACGCACCAUUUACAGAUCCCGUAAGAUUCCCCAUCCUACAAGUGGUCUUUAUGGCCAACCAGUUCUCUGUGACUUUGGAGAAGCGCGGAUAGGAGAUUCCCACUCCGGCUUGAUUCAGCCUCAGCUAUACCGUGCACCAGAGAUAAUUUUCCAGAUGGAGUGGGGCUCCAAGGUGGACAUUUGGAGUCUCGCCACGUUGGUGUGGGACUUGUUUGAAGAUGAGCAUCUGUUCGACGCCCGUGACACCGAGGGCAACCCAUCAGGGACACAUCAUGUUUCCGAAAUGGUUGCAUACCUUGGAAUGCCUCCGCUUGAAUACACGCAAAGCAACCAUAUCACAAAGAAGGUCUUCGACAAGCAAGGACACUGGACGGGUGGCUCCAGGAGUGUAACUAUCCCUAAGAUCUCACUCGAGGAAAGAGUCUCUGAGCUUGAAGGGGAGGAAAAAGAAUUGUUUCUCGAUUUCAUACGCUCGAUGCUCAGAUGGCGGCCCGAAGACAGGAAAUCGGCAACUGAACUUUUGAAGCACCCAUGGAUGGCCGACAUGAAGUAG